GCCGGGCACACAAAGACCCCAAGUGCUACCCUUCUGUCCAGUGUGCCAUCCUGCAGGUCCCUGUCGCCCAGUGAGGACAGUCCCAGCUGCCACUGCAACCUCUCCAGUGAGGAGCUGGCCCAAAACUUGCAGGAGAGUAUCAGACACUGGAUCCUCCACCUUGCAGAGCAGCUAAGAGUGGAGGAGGCCAGUCGAGACAAGAACACCGUGGGCUACCUCAAAUUGGUGUCCAGUGCUGACCGGCACCAGGCCCCACACAUCCGGCAGGCCUUUGAGAAGGUGAACCAGCACACCUCUGCCACCACUGCGCACAUUGAGCGACGACUCCGUCAGUGUCACCAGCAGCUGCAGGAGCUAGAGGAGGGCUGUAGGCCCAAGGGCAUGGUGUUGAUAGCUGGAAGCAGCUUGGAGAACUGCUAGCAGCCCAACGAGAUGAUCUCAUUUUCCGAAUCUCCCCAGUUAAGCAGGGGAGCCCAUCAACCCAGCCUCUUAGAGAGUUCCCCUGCAGGUUUACAGCAGGGCAGGCCCUCAGAAACAAAGCCUGCAACUCAGCCCCCUCACCUGCUGUUACUGAAGGUGAAGAAAGAGCUGGAAGACAUCCAGAAGACCCCCUUCCACCUCCAGGUGUCCUAUCAGAGCCUAAAGGAUAGGUAUUUGAUGGACUUGCAGGUGUCACUGGAGUCCCUUCAGGAGCAGAAGUGCAGACAAACAGUGGUGGAAGAACAGGUGAAUGAGCACCUGCAGGGGCACCUGGACGAGAUUUACCACCUCAAACAGAACCUGGCCUGCACUGAGGAGAAAAUGGCCUAUCUGUCCUAUAAGAGAGCCAAGGAGAUAUGGCCGGUCAUGGAGUCUUUCCAGAACCGGAUAGCUAAGCUGGAAGUGCUGCAGCAAAUCGCCCAGCUGCAGAUGACAGGGUGCCUCAGGAGCCGGCCUCAGGAUGUUCUGUUCAGACUCACAAGCCUACUCUUCAUGCUGGCCACUGUCCUUCUGGCCUCAGUCUCCACCAUGUGUGCCUACCUGUUUCCCCUGGCCAACUCGCGCCUGCGCACGGGCACUGUGCUCCUUCUGCUUGGGCUCAUGGCCCUGGCCUGGCAGAAGUGGCAUGCCAUUGCCACUGCUGACUGGCAGGCCUGGGUGCUGUACAGGUGGAGACUAUAUUCCAAGGACUCCAGGGCUCCAUCAGAUGGACCUUGCAGGUCAGGAGGGCCAGCCCAAGUCUGCCAUCUGCUCCCUCCUGUGGGUGUUCAGGGUGUCCAGUAAGUCCCCAUGGUGUUUGGAUCCCAUAACCCUCAGCCCAGUGAGGAUGUCUGCAGACACCCACCUGCCACACACUUGUCUGCCAUGACCCUUCCAUGCCAUCUGUAGACACAAGGCUUGGAAAAGAUUAAAGUCUCUG